AAGCCGGGGUAUAAAAACCUGCUGGGGGGCGAGGAAGUGUUUGCUUUGACUCAGACACCCAACUGCAGAGCUCCGCUACGGAGGAGGAGGAGGUGCCGCCGUUUUGACUCACUUUUUAUUCCUUCGGAAGGGUCAUUUUAUUCAUGAGAACGGAAAGAGGAUAUUUAAUAUUAAAAAAAAAGUGAGGAACUGGAGCGUGCUCGGUGAGUUUGGGAAGACGGCGUCAUGGCGGUCUCCACUCAACUGGGCUUACUUCUUUGGAAAAACUUCACGUACCGAAGACGACAGACUAUUCAGCUGCUGAUUGAGAUAAUCUGGCCUCUCUUCAUCUUCUUCAUCCUCAUCUCAGUUCGGAUACACUAUCCACCCUACGAGCAGCACGAAUGCCAUUUCCCUAACAAGGCCUUGCCUUCAGCGGGCACCCUGCCUUGGGUACAAGGAAUCAUCUGUAAUGCCAACAACCCCUGCUUCCGGAACCCAACCCCUGGAGAGAGCCCCGGGGUUGUGGGCAACUUUAACGAUUCGAUAAUCUCCCGACUCUUUAAUGAUGCCAAGAAGAUCCUGUUGUACACCCAGAAUGAUAAAAGCUACGAGGGCUACCGUGGGCUCCUGAGGGCCCUCCACAAGUUGCAGAAGAACACCGCCCGUUUCAAGCUGAAGGACUUUUUGAAAGAUAACGAAACCCUCUCCCACUUCUUGCAUCACAACGCCUCGCUUCCCCGUCACGCGCUGAAGCAGAUCGUAGAGGCUGACGUCAAUCUGGAAAAGGUUCUGACUAAGGGUUUUGGCUUCCAUCUCAGAGACUUGUGUAACAAAACACCUCUGGAGGAAUUUGUCCAUAUUGCUGACCGCAAUGUAUCUCGCCUGACGCAAGAGAUUAUCUGCAAGUCGUCCAAGGACUGGCUGAACAAGGCCCAAAGCCACUUCCUGUCGAACUUGGACUUCCUCAAGCCCAUUCGAAAAGACGUAAAGUCGGAUCCCCGGGUAGUUCAGGAAGUCUCGGCUGCAACGGAUUAUCUCCUGGAGAGCCUCGGAGAACUGGCUGUGGAGCUUGCCAGUAUGAAGAGUUGGAAAGACAUGCGAAAUGAGAUCCUGUAUCUCACUGUGAAUGCCACAGGCUCCCCGAAUCAGAUGUACCAGGCUGUGUCACGCAUUGUCUGUGGUCACCCCGAGGGGGGCGGCCUUAAAAUCAAGUCCCUCAACUGGUAUGAGGAUAACAACUACAAGGCGCUGUUUGGAAACCAUGGCAACGACAGCGACAGCGAUCCGAUUUCCGCAUAUGACAACACAUCCACUCCUUACUGUAACAGCAUGAUGCGAAACUUGGAAUCCAGUCCCAUAUCCAGGAUGAUCUGGCGAGCCCUGAAGCCUUUGCUCAUGGGAAAGAUCCUCUACACCCCAGAUACUCCAGCGACGCAGAGGAUAAUCCACGAGGUGAACAAGACUUUCCAAGAGCUGGGCCUGUUAAGGGACCUCGGAGGAAUGUGGGAUGAGAUGAAGCCCAAAGUAUGGAACUUCAUGGAGAACAGUGAAGAGAUAGACUUAGUCAGGACCUUGCUCCAAAAUAACGCCAGCGCCACUUUCCUGAAUACUCAACUCAGUGGGACUGAGUGGCGCGUGUUGGACCUGUCGCGCUUCCUCUCCAAGUCCGUGGUAGACCAAAAAGCUGCAGGGUCAGCAUACACCUGGAGAGAGGUCUUCAACGAAACGGACCAGGCCAUCCAGACCAUUACCCGCUUCAUGGAGUGUGUGAACCUGGAUAAACUGGAGCCAGUCGCAAAUGAAGAGCGUUUAGUUAACAAAUCCAUGGGUCUGCUUGACAACCAGAAGUUCUGGGCAGGCAUUGUGUUUCCUGACAUCGCCCACGGCAACAGCUCCGACUUGCCCUCUAACGUCAACUACAAAAUCCGCAUGGACAUCGACAACGUUGAGAGGACCAACAAGAUCAAGGAUGGCUACUGGGACCCUGGCCCCAGAGCAGACCCCUUCGAGGACUUGCGUUACAUAUGGGGCGGAUUCUCCUACCUGCAAGAUGUGAUUGAACAGGGAAUCAUCCGAGCUGUGACAGGCAGCAAGGAAAAGACUGGUGUUUAUAUUCAGCAGAUGCCCUACCCUUGCUACGUGGAUGACAUUUUCCUACGGGUGAUGAGUCGGUCGAUGCCCUUGUUUAUGACUUUGGCGUGGAUGUACUCCGUGGCCAUCAUCAUCAAGGGAGUGGUCUACGAGAAGGAAGCCCGGCUCAAGGAGACCAUGAGGAUCAUGGGACUGAACAAUGGCAUUUUGUGGCUCAGCUGGUUCAUCAGCAGUUUGAUUCCAUUGCUUAUCAGCGCUGGCUUGUUGGUCAUGUUGUUGAAGACUGGAAACUUGCUGCCUUACAGCGACUCAGGGGUCGUCUUUCUUUUCCUGAGCUCCUUCGGCGUAGUAACUAUCAUGCAGUGCUUCCUUAUUAGCACAUUGUUUUCUCGCGCUAACUUGGCAGCGGCCUGCGGUGGAAUCAUCUAUUUCACCCUCUACCUGCCCUACGUGCUGUGCGUUGCUUGGCAAGACUACAUCGGAUACGGAGCAAAACUUGUUGUGAGCCUGCUGUCUCCUGUAGCUUUUGGAUUUGGCUGUGAGUACUUAUCCCUGUUUGAGGAGCAAGGCGUGGGAAUCCAGUGGUCCAACUUGCUGGCCAGCCCUCUGGAGGAGGAUAGCUACAACCUGACCACCUCCAUUUUUCUCAUGCUCUUUGACGCUGUGCUCUAUGGACUUAUGACAUGGUAUAUUGAGGCUGUGUUCCCUGGCCAGUACGGAAUACCCAGACCUUGGUAUUUCCCUUUCACAAAGACAUACUGGUGUGGCGAAAAAGAGAACCAGAACUUCUCAACGCCUAUGUCCACGAAAGGCAACGCUGAUGCUGUGUGCAUAGAGGAGGAGCCGAGCCACAUUGAGCCAGGUGUUUACAUUGAGAACCUGGUGAAGGUCUACAGCCAUGGAAACAAACUCGCAGUCGAUGGACUAUCCCUGAGAUUCUACGAAGGACAGAUCACCUCUUUCCUCGGCCACAACGGAGCUGGAAAGACCACAACAAUGUCGAUCCUGACAGGGUUGUUUCCGCCCACCUCAGGAACGGCCUACAUCCUGGGCAAAGACAUUCGCUCAGAACUUAGCAACAUCAGGCAAAAUCUGGGUGUUUGUCCCCAGCACAAUGUUCUUUUCAGCAUGCUGACAGUGGAGGAGCACAUCUGGUUCUACGGCCGCCUGAAAGGACUGCCUGCGGAGAUGGUGAAGGCCGAGAUGGAACAAAUUGUUAACGAUGUUGGAUUGCCUCACAAACGACAGUCACGCACCAGCACACUUUCCGGAGGGAUGCAGAGGAAGUUGUCAGUGGCCUUGGCUUUUGUCGGAGGCUCCAAAGUUGUGAUCUUGGACGAACCCACUGCUGGCGUUGAUCCUUAUGCUCGUAGGGGAAUCUGGGACCUGCUUCUUAAAUACAGACAAGGCCGCACCAUUAUCCUGUCUACCCAUCACAUGGACGAAGCAGACAUCCUGGGUGACCGCAUUGCCAUUAUCUCCCACGGCAAGCUGUGCUGUGUCGGCUCUUCGCUCUUCCUAAAGACCCAGCUGGGCACGGGCUACUACUUGACCCUGGUUAAGAGAGACUACGAUUUGGCACUUCAGUCUUGCAGGAAUUCGGCCAGCACCGUUUCCUAUAGCAAGAAAACCGAAAAGGAGGAUAGCGUUUCUGAGAGCAGUUCAGAUGCAGGCCUUGGCAGCGAACCAGAGAGUGAGACCACCACAAUUGACGUUUCCCUCAUCUCCAACGUGAUAUUUAAGCAUGUGUCAGAAGCUCGCCUGGUGGAAGACGUCGGACAUGAGCUCACUUACAUCUUGCCCUACCAGUCAGCCAAAGAUGGAGCCUUUGUGGAACUCUUUCAUGAGCUUGAUGACCGUCACACUGACCUGGGAAUAUCAAGCUAUGGCAUAUCUGACACCACCCUAGAGGAGAUUUUCUUAAAAGUUGCUGAAGACAGUGGCGUCGAUGCUGUGGAACUUUCAGACGGAGUAGUGCCAACGCGGACUCGUCGCCGUCACGCAUUUGGAGACCAUCAAAGCUGCCUGAAGCCCUUCACUGAAGACGACUUUGACUUCAACGAUUCUGAAGAAUCUCGUGAGACCGACUGGCUUAGUGGAAUAGAUGGUAAAGGCUCAUACCAGGUGAAAGGAUGGAGUCUAAAGCGACAGCAGUUUGUAGCGCUACUCUGGAAAAGAUUCCUGUAUGCUCGGCGUUCCAGGAAAGGCUUUUUCGCCCAGAUUGUCCUCCCAGCUGUAUUUGUGUGUAUCGCCCUGGUGUUCAGUCUAAUUGUGCCUCCAUUUGGAAAGUACCCAAGUCUGGCUCUGGAUCCUGGAAUGUAUGGGGAACAGUUUACCUUCAUCAGUAAUGACUUACCUGAGGACCCUCACACCAACAAACUUCUUGGAGCUCUGACAGACAAACCGGGAUAUGGAACACGUUGCAUGGAAGGACAACCCAUUACGGAUACUCCGUGUGCAGCAAUGGAGGAUGAGUGGUCAGUUCCACAAGUACCUCAAAGUCUAAGGGACAUGUUUGACAAAGGCAACUGGUCCAUGAAGAAUCCAUCUCCUCUGUGCGAGUGCAGCUGUGAGGGACGCAAAAGGAUGCUGCCGGAAUGUCCGAGCGGUGCAGGGGGUCUUCCACCCCCACAGAUUAGGUUAAGCGAUAAAGACACUCUUCAAAAUUUGACUGGUCGAAACGUGUCAGAUUAUCUGGUGAAGACUUACGCUCAGAUCAUUGGCAAAAGCCUGAAGAACAAGAUUUGGGUCAAUGAGUUCAGAUACGGUGGCUUCUCACUUGGGGCCAGAGGCUCCCAGCUUCCUGCCCACAGCGACCAGAUCGACGAUGCCAUUGCUCAACUCCGCAGACGCUUCCAUCUAGAAAGGGGGACAGCAGCAGAUCGUUUCUUCCGUAGUCUCUCCAACUUUAUUCAAGGAUUGAACACCAACAAUAAUGUCAAGAUCUGGUUCAACAACAAGGGCUGGCACAGUAUCGGCUCUUUCCUCAACGUGAUGAACAAUGGAAUCCUUCGAGCAAGCCUGCCAGCCGGCAAAGAUCCUGCCAGGUUUGGCAUCACUGCCUUUAAUCAUCCUCUCAACCUCACCAAGGAACAGCUGUCACAAGUGGCACUAAUGACAACAUCAGUGGAUGUGCUGGUGUCCAUCUGCGUGAUCUUCGCCAUGUCUUUUGUGCCGGCCAGCUUUGUUGUUUUCCUCAUUCAGGAGAGGGUGAACAAGGCCAAACACAUGCAGUUCAUAAGUGGAGUGCAACCUUUCCUCUACUGGCUGGCCAACUUUGUCUGGGACAUGUGUAACUACAUUGUCCCUGCCACACUGGUUAUCAUCAUCUUCAUCUGCUUCCAACAAGAUGCUUAUGUCUCCUCCACCAACCUGCCUGUGCUGGCCUUGCUGCUGCUGCUCUACGGAUGGUCCAUCACCCCUUUGAUGUACCCAGCGUCCUUCUUCUUUAAGAUCCCCAGCACCGCCUACGUGGUUCUGACCAGCGUCAACAUACUGAUCGGAAUCAACGGCAGCGUGUCCACAUUUGUACUGGAGCUGUUUGGAGGCAAUGAGAUCGGUGGUAUCAAUGACAUCCUGAAGAACGUGUUCCUCAUCUUCCCUCACUUCUGUCUGGGGAGAGGCCUGAUCGACAUGGUGAAGAACCAAGCAAUGGCUGAUGCUUUGGAAAGAUUUGGUGAAAACCGUUUCCGUUCUCCCUUGGCUUGGGACAUGGUGGGAAAGAACCUGUUCGCAAUGGCCAUUGAAGGAGUGAUCUUCUUUUGCAUCACUGUCCUCAUUCAGUAUCACUUCUGCAUCAAGGCCAGGUCAUCCUCCAGCCACCUGAAGCCUAUCGGAGAAGAGGAUGAAGAUGUGGCCAGAGAACGACAGAGAAUUCUCAGUGGAGGAGGACAGACCGACAUCUUGGAGCUUCGGCAGCUCACUAAGAUUUAUAAGAGGAAACAGAAGCCGGCUGUGGACCGACUCUGUGUUGGCAUCCCCCCAGGCGAGUGUUUUGGUUUGCUGGGAGUCAAUGGAGCGGGCAAAACCAGCACGUUUAAAAUGCUGACAGGAGACUCGGUGGUCACAAGUGGAGAGGCCUAUCUGGCAGGAAAGAGUGUAACAACAGAAAUAGAUGAGGUGCAUCAGAACAUGGGAUACUGUCCUCAGUUUGAUGCCAUCAAUGACCUGCUGACGGGACGGGAGCACCUUGAGUUCUACGCCAUUCUAAGAGGCGUGCCGGAGAAGGAAGUGUGUGAGGUGGCGGAGUGGGGCAUCCGCAAGUUGGGGUUAGUCAAGUAUGUGGACAAGAAAGCAGGCAGCUACAGUGGAGGCAACAUGAGGAAACUGUCUACUGCCAUCGCUCUCAUAGGAGGACCACCUGUUGUGUUCCUGGAUGAACCGACGACAGGCAUGGACCCUAAGGCACGGCGCGCCCUGUGGAACGCCAUACUGAGCAUCAUCAAAGAGGGACGAUCGGUCGUCCUGACCUCCCACAGCAUGGAGGAAUGUGAAGCACUUUGCACCAGGAUGGCCAUCAUGGUCAACGGCAGGUUCCGCUGCCUGGGGAGUGUGCAGCACCUUAAAAACAGGUUUGGGGAUGGCUACACCAUCAUCCUCAGGGUGGCCGGACCGGACCCAGACCUCCGGCCGGUGACGGAGUUUAUCGAGCAAGAACUACCAGGCAGUAACCUGAAGGAGAAACAUCGCAACAUGCUUCAGUACCAGCUUCCCUCAUCCCUCACCUCCCUUGCACGGAUCUUCUCCCUGCUGGCCACCAACAAGGAGGCACUUAGGAUAGAGGACUACUCUGUCUCUCAGACCACUUUAGACCAAGUGUUUGUAAAUUUUGCCAAGGACCAAAGUGAUGAGGACCACUUAAAAGACAUCCACCUAAGCAAACGGGACGCCGUCGUGGUGGACGUUUCCCAGCUCAACUCUUUCCUCAUGGACAACAAGACCAGGGAGAGCUGUGUUUGAUUCCAGCAGUGGGUACUGCCAUGCGCCAUCCCCCCUCACCGCCCCCCAGAAAAUCUGAAGUGGACGACGGGCCUUUUUUUUUUGUUUGUUUCUCAUUUAUAGUCUUCUUUUCUUUUCUUUUUUUUAUCGUAAAUCCUCAGUGGGACCUGCUGUUAAACGCACAGCCUCUGAAGACGUGACGAGGCAGAUCGCAGGGUUUUUUUUUUUUUCGUGAAAGACACUGAACUUGAUGCAAAUCAAUGCAAGAAAUCUCUAUAUUUAAAGACGUGUGAGGGUUUGGAGACCGGCGCUUCUUCCCCUCCACCGUAUCGGACACUUGAAGUGCGUGUUUGACUGGGAGAGUGGCCAAGCUGCCCAGUUUUUUUUUUUCAGUUUUUUUUUUGAAAGCCUAUUCCGAAAAGUUCCGAUCAUUCACUGCCAACUGCAAAAAAAAAAAAAAAAGGACUAACAAUUCUUAUUCAGGGUCUGAUCUCUUUGUUACCGACAGCAGUUUUAUAACACAGUCCGACUCAUUUCAAAGGAGGAACACCAAACGUUUUUACACAUGACAUUUAUUUUUGGUUUUUUCGGAUGUAUACGAUAAGUCGUAACUUUGUUGUAUUUUUGGAAAAACUCGUUUUUUUAUUGGUUUCUCCUUGACGUGGUUCAUCACAGUGCCUAUGUGAAGGGGAGGAGUACAUCCGAGCACUCCUUUUUAUGAAGGACAACAACAAAAUAGGCCCCCAGGGAACGUUCCAGACAAAGCACAGAAACUGCUUUUUUUUUUUUUUUCAAAGGAAGCUCUCACGUCUCGAAACGUGCAACACGCCGUCUUGAAAUGGUUGUGACUCCCUUCGAGUGGAAACGGACGAACAAUGUAAGCUCCGAUUAUUGCAUGCUCUCCUCCGCUUUGAAGCCAUGUACUUGUGGGCUUUACAUCCAAUUGUUGUUAGUGGGGAUGGAAGUAGAAAGGCGGCGCUCGCGCAUGCGUAACGCCGAAAAAGUACCACUAUUGGAACUGAAGAUGGCGCUAGAGUUGGACGUAGAUGUUUCUGUGCAGUAAGCGGUCUUGUGGCGUUAACAAAAAUAUGUCUGCGGCGGAAUCAAGAAAGUAUCUGUGCCAAAUUGAGCUACAUACAGUAGGGAAGGGAUUCAUAAAGCCACAUUCCAUGAGAGGAAGAUUAGGGGGUUAAUAAUUUUGUGCAAUGCAGUCUGCUGAAAAUGACGGAAAGCGCCACUCUACAUAUUAACGGACGCUGUGGUCAAAGUUGGAACACAUUUUAAGAUAUCCGACGCUGGCCGAUUAAGCGGACAGUGCACCCUCUGGAUUUGUCACGUUUCAUGUGUCGGGUACAUCGCGAAAAAUCCCGUUUCGACUGCAUUUAUCAACCGGCAGAGACAACUGUUUUGUAAAAAUUGAAAUGUGUAGAUUCAUGUUUCCCCAAUUCAAAGCAAUGGUCAAAGGAGGGGGUUAAUCAUUUUUGCAAUGCAGUCUGCUGAAAAGGACCGAAAGCGCCACUCUACAUAUUAACUUGUGAAAGUUGGAACUGCCACCAAAAACGCAUUUUAAAAUAUCCAACACUGGCGGAUAAAGCGGACAGUGCACCCUCUGGAUUUGUCACGUUUCAUGUGUCGGGUACAUUGCGAAAUCCCUUUUCUACUGCAUUUAUCAACCAGCAGAGACAACCGUUUUGUAAAAAUUUAAAAUGUGUAGUUUCACGUUUCCCCAAUUCAAAGCAAUCGUCAAAAAAGGGGGUUAAUCAAUUUUGCAAUGCAAUCUGCUGAAAAUGUCGGAAAGCGCCACUCUACAUAUUAACUGUGAAAGUUGGAACUGCCACCAAAAACUAAUUUUAAGAUAUCCAACACUGGCGGAUAAAGCGGACAGUGCACCCUCUGGAUUUGUCACGUUUCAUGUGUCGGGUACAUCGCGAAAAAUCCCUUUUCAACUGCAUUUAUCAACCGGCAGAGACAACUGUUUUAUAAAAAUUGAAUAGUGUAGUUUCACGUUUCUCCAAUUCAAAGCAAUCAUCAAAGGAGGGGGUUAAUCAUUUUUGCAAUGCAAUCUGCUGAAAAUGACAGAAAGCGCCACUCUACAUAUUAACUUGUGAAAGUUGGAACUGCCACCAAAAACACAUUUUAAGAUAUCCAACACUGGCGGAUAAAGCGGACAGUGCACCCUCUGGAUUUGUCACGUUUCAUGUGUCGGGUACAUUGCGAAAUCCCUUUUCUACUGCAUUUAUCAACCAGCAGAGACAACCGUUUUGUAAAAAUUUGAAAUGUGUAGUUUCACGUUUCCCCAAUUCAAAGCAAUCGUCAAAAAAGGGGGUUAAUCAAUUUUGCAAUGCAAUCUGCUGAAAAUGUCGGAAAGCGCCACUCUACAUAUUAACUGUGAAAGUUGGAACUGCCACCAAAAACACAUUUUAAGAUAUCCAACACUGGCGGAUAAAGCGGACAGUGCAUCCUCUGGAUUUGUCACGUUUCAUGUGUCGGGUACAUUGCGAAAUCUCUUUUGUACUGCAUUUAUCAACCAGCAGAGACAACCGUUUUGUAAAAUUUGAAUAGUGUAGUUUCACGUUUCUCCAAUUCAAAGCAAUCAUCAAAGGAGGGGGUUAAUCAUUUUUGCAAUGCAAUCUGCUGAAAAUGACAGAAAGCGCCACUCUACAUAUUAACUGUGAAAGUUGGAGCUGCCACCAAAAACACAUUUUAAGAUAUCCAACACUGGCGGAUAAAGCGGACAGUGCACCCUCUGGAUUUGUCACGUUUCAUGUGUCAGGUACAUUGCGAAAUCCCUUUUCUACUGCAUUUAUCAACCAGCAGAGACAACCGUUUUGUAAAAAUUUGAAAUGUGUAGUUUCACGUUUCCCCAAUUCAAAGCAAUCGUCAAAAAAGGGGGUUAAUCAAUUUUGCAAUGCAAUCUGCUGAAAAUGUCGGAAAGCGCCACUCUACAUAUUAACAGUGAAAGUUGGAACUGCCACCAAAAACACAUUUUAAGAUAUCCAACACUGGCGGAUAAAGCGGACAGUGCAUCCUCUGGAUUUGUCACGUUUCAUGUGUCGGGUACAUUGCGAAAUCUCUUUUGUACUGCAUUUAUCAACCAGCAGAGACAACCGUUUUGUAAAAUUUGAAUAGUGUAGUUUCACGUUUCUCCAAUUCAAAGCAAUCAUCAAAGGAGGGGGUUAAUCAUUUUUGCAAUGCAAUCUGCUGAAAAUGACAGAAAGCGCCACUCUACAUAUUAACUGUGAAAGUUGGAGCUGCCACCAAAAACACAUUUUAAGCCGUAUUUCCUUGAAUUGCCGCAGGGCAUAUAGUAUGCGCCUGCCUUGAAUUACCGCCUGGUCAAACUCGUGAAGUCACGAGUGACACUUCCCCUGUCAUCAUUUUCAAAAUGGAGGAGGCUGAUUUCAAUACUGGUAAUUUGAAAUCGCAUAAAGGGAAGAAAAUUAAGAGCUAUUCUGUAGGAUUUAAGGUCGAAGCUUACAUCACACUCAAAUUUUUACUGCAUACCUUUGGUAAGUGCCGGAGGUAGAAGAGGUUUUAAAAUAAUUAAGCGCAUGCUCACUUUUACCGCAUGCCUUUGGUAAGCGCAGGAGUGAGAAUAGGUUUUAAAUUAAUUAGCGCCCCGGCGGCAAUUCAAGGAAAUACAGUAUCCAACACUGGUGGCUAAAGCGGAUCACGCACCCUCUUGAUUUGUCACGUUUCAUGUGUCUGGUAAAUUGCGAAAUCCCUUUUCUACUGCAUUUAUCAACCAGCGGAGACAACUGUUUUGUAACAUUUCAAUUCAAAGCAAUCGUUCAAAGGACAUCUGAUGUAAAAUAGUGACAAGUUGCCAAACUGUGCUGCCAUGACUUCCAACGACAACUAUGGACUGGACACGAUCUGGUACCACAGAAACUGAGUUAAUCCGACCAAAUGAUUACGAUACAUAUCCAGGGCUCAAUUUGAUGGUAGGCUUGUAUUACCGGUGCUCAGUGUUAUCACAGAAAGGGUUUCCUUAGAUCUCUGGACUAGUUAGAAAAGCUGUUACGCUUCAUAAUGUUGAAGAAGAAAAAGAAAAAGAAAAAAAAAGCUAGAUUAAAGCCGAUGGGAUAUCAAAAAACAAAACAAAGAAAAGAUACUGCACUGGAGCACCGAAACA